AUGAAGAUUGGAAAAAGUGACUCGGUCCGAUUAAUGGGGGGCUUCCACAAAGUCCAUAAAAUUUGGAGAAGCGCCAACUUUACCCGCUCGAUCGGGGGAAGGGCGGCGGCCGCCGCCGUGCCCAUCUCCAAAGCUGCUUCCUUUACCUCCGACAAAGGUGCCUCCGGAAGCUCAGGAAAGUUGCCGGCGCCAUCCGCUCAAAGCCUCCAACAAAAUGAGAUUAGGGAAAGGACCGCCGCCGCCGCUCACGCCGCCGCUGUCACAGUCCCCAUUGCUUCCUCCGCCUCCGUUGAAGGAGCGGCGGGAAGCGAAGAAAAGGGGCCGACAUCGUCACCCGCUCAGAGCCCCCGACAAGAGGAGAUUGGGGAAAAGACGGCCGCCGCCGAUGUCAUCUCUACCGCUGCCGCCGUCCCUACCCCCAUGGCUGCUUCCUCUACCACCGCCGCUAGAAGCGAAGAAAAGGGGCCGACGUCACCCACUGGAGGUGGAAGUCUACGCGCCGCCAUAGGGCUGGUUCUCACGGUGGUGGCCGUGGCCGUUACUAUCUUACUGCUGGUGCACUUCCACGGACACCCUAUGCCCCAAGUGUGGACCUUGUCGCUCAGCAUUUGCUCAUACGUUUUCUUCUUCCUCCUCCUCAUCCGCCAUAACCGGUCCUUCUUUGCUGACUUCUACCGGCUCUCCUACGGCCCCAUGGCCGCCUUCUACUCCGCCUACGGGAUAGGGUCAACUACCACCGCCACCUUCGUCCUCCUCUUCAGCAUGGCGUGGGCUUCUGGAAACCUCGGCUACUCUCUCGCCCUGCACCGCCUGCGCGAGGGGACCGAGACGGCUAUCCGAACGGUGCCUAGUUCCUCCUACCCUACCAAGAAUGGUAUCAGAGGAUUCAAUGCCACUCUUCAUAAUGUAGCACCCUUUACAGUGCUACUAUGGACUUUGCUCAUGGUAUUGGUCGUCAACGUAGCGCCCAUGCCAGACGAGCUGUGCGUCCUUAUGGUCCUCUCGUAUUUCGGCUGGAUCCAUGUUGCCCUCUGGAUAAUCGUCGUAACCCUGGUGUACAUGCACCAGUUUCCCCUCAAAGAGCCCGUGAGAUGGUUAUUGCCUGUUCUUCUCAUAGGGAUGCCGCUUUCUCCCACAAUCUGCUUUGCAUCCCUGAUGCAGUGA